UAGCAACGAUCACUUUGCCCGUGCACACUUUGUUUACAGGCUAGGCUAACAAACAACAAGGAGAAAGGCCAAAGCCCAUCAAAUUACGAAAUAAAGUCUAGAUCUACGCUAAUUUAUCUGAAUAGGCAAUUUUAAUUGCAGUGGUGACAUCAAUCAAGAAAAUCAUGAGUUCAAGACAAGUAUUGCAAGUGUUUGAGCAGUAUCAGAAAGCCCGCACCACGUUUGUCCAGACAGUUGCGGAGCUAGCGUCAAGACCACAGAAUAUUGAAACUUUGCAAAAUGCAGGUGUUAUGUCCCUGCUUCGUCCUCUGCUGCUGGACAUUGUACCCACAAUUCAACAGACGGCAGCCUUAGCUUUGGGUCGCUUGGCCAACUAUAAUGAUGACCUUGCAGAAGCAGUGGUAAAGGGAGAUAUUCUUCCUCAACUUGUCUACUCUCUUGCUGAACAAAAUAGAUUCUACAAGAAGGCGGCUGCAUUUGUUCUUCGAGCCGUAGCCAAACAUUCUCCUCAGCUUGCUCAGUCUGUGGUAGACUGUGGAGCGCUGGAUGCCCUUGUUAUCUGCUUGGAGGAGUUUGAUCCUGGUGUCAAGGAGUCAGCAGCUUGGGCCCUGGGAUACAUUGCCAGACAUAAUGCAGAGCUUGCCCAGUCCGUGGUUGAUGCCGGAGCUGUACCUCUGCUCGUUCUAUGUAUCCAGGAACCUGAGCUGUCCUUGAAGCGUAUUGCCGCCUCUGCUCUGAGUGACAUCUGUAAGCACUCACCUGAACUGGCUCAGACUGUUGUUGAUGCCGGAGCAAUCGCUCACCUAGCUCAGAUGAUUCUCAAUCCUGAUGCCAAACUUAAGCGUCAAGUAUUCUCAGCUUUGAGUCAGAUCUCCAAGCACUCCGUGGACCUGGCCGAGAUGGUCGUUGAAGCAGAGAUCUUCCCUGCUGUCCUAACCUGUCUCAAGGACCAGGACGAGUACGUGCGUAAGAACGUCGCCACUCUGAUCCGUGAGAUCGCCAAGCACACACCGGAGCUGUCUCAGCUGAUCGUCAAUGCUGGGGGCGUGGCUGCCGUGGUAGAUUACGUCGGUGACUCGCAGGGUAACGUGAGACUGCCUGGUGUCAUGAUGCUGGGAUACGUAGCGGCUCACUCAGAGAAUCUGGCAAUGGCUGUCAUCGUCUCCAAGGGUGUCACACAACUAGCUAUCACGCUUGCAGAGGAACCAGAGGAUCACAUCCAGGCUGCAGCAGCAUGGGCUCUAGGUCAGAUAGGUCGUCACACCCCAGAGCAUGCCAAGGCUGUAGCAGUGGCUAAUGUCUUGCCUCGUCUGCUGCAGUGCUACAUCAGAGCGGAUGCCUCAGAGGACCUCCAGACAAAGGCCAAGAGAGCUCUGAAGAACAUCCUCCAGAAGUGCAUUCACCUACCAGCCCUCGAGCCUCUCCUUCACGAUGCCCCACCCAACAUCCUCAAGCACGUGGUUGGUCAGUUCAGUAAGGUACUUCCCCACGAUGCCAACGCCCGUCGUCUGUUUGUGACCAGCGGCGGUCUCAAGAAGGUGCAAGAAAUCAAGGCGGAGCCCGGUAGUGCCUUACAUGAGUACAUCGAUACCAUCAACAACUGCUUCCCUGAGGAGAUUGUCAGGUACUACUCCCCUGGUUAUUCAGAUGCCCUGCUGGACAGAGUCGAGCAAUACCAACCGGUUGCCUAGACGACAAACACCGCUACAGCUCCAACCUACCUUCCUGGACAGCAAGCAAUCACACUUUGUUUUCAGAAAA